UAAACUUUUUGGAAACUUAAAUUUUGAACAGCUUAUCCCCAAGCCGCACUCCAACAUCACCGGCAAACUACCAUCGUUCUCCUCGCGCAUGUUAGAUGUUUGUAAUAUUGUCUCAAUGAAACUCUCUCAACUUCAUCCUCACCCUUUCCCUCGCAUCUCAAACCCACACCACCAUUCAACACCCCCCUUCACUUUCUCUAUCUCUUUCUCUUCCAAUUCUAACUUCAAAUUCCCCACUCUUUGCACCACCCCUUCCUCCACAACACACCACCCUCUCCCUCCCAAUUUCACUUCCUCCCAGCUCCUCCACCUCCUCCGCAGCCAAAACGACCAACCCUCCUUCAUACAAGCCUUUCAAUCCGCCUCUAACCACCCCAAUUUCAACCCCAAUUCAUCCUUUUACAAUGAAAUCCUUCUUCAUCUUACCCAAUCCUCCUCCUUUGAUUCCAUCACUACCGUUCUCAAACAAAUGAAAUCUUCCGGUUUCAUCCCAAAUGCCAACACUUUUGCUACUCUCAUCCAUGGUUUUACCCACUUUCAAGAAAUUGAGCAGGUGCUUCAUAUCAUGAAAAGUGAAUUAGGGCUUAAUUCAGAUACCCAACUUUACAAUCUGGCUCUGAAUGCUCUUGUUGAGGAUAACAAGCUUAAGUUAAUAGAAAUGCUGCAUUCUAAGAUGGUAUCUGAGGGUGUGCCUCUUGAUGUUUCUACUUUUAAUAUUUUGAUUAAGGCUUUGUGUAAAGCACAUCAAUUAAGGCCUGCAAUUUUGAUGCUUGAGGAUAUGGCGAAUCACGGUGGGUUGAAACCUAAUGAGAAAACGUUCACCAUUUUGAUGCAGGGUUUUAUUGAAGAGGGUGAUUUGAAUGGUGCUUUGAGGAUAAGAAAUCAAAUGGCGGGGUAUGGUUGUUUGUUAACACAUGUUUCUGUGAAUGUUUUGGUCAACGGUUUUAGCAAAGAAGGUCGCGUUGAGGAAGCUCUUAGAUUCAUCCAUGGGGUUUCUGAGGAAGGGCUUUUACCUAAUCAGGUUACUUAUAAUACUUUGGUGAAAGGGUUGUGUAGAAAUGGAAAUGUUAAUGAUGCUUUGAAAAUUGUGGAUUUUAUGACUGAGAAUGGGCUUGAUCCUGAUUUGUAUACAUAUAACUCCUUGAUAUCUGGAAUGUGUAGAUCAGGUGAAUUUGAUAAGGCGAAAGAAAUUUUGCAACAGAUGAUUUUGAGAGAUUGCUCUCCAAAUACUGUAACUUACAAUACACUUAUUAGUGCCUUGUGCAAGGAGAAUGAAAUUGAAGCUGCCACUGAACUUGUCCGGACUCUUGUUAGCAAGGGGAUGUUGCCGGACGUUUGUACUUUUAAUACUUUGAUACAGGGUCUAUGCUUGACUAAGAAACGGGAGAUUGCGGUGGAGCUGUUCGAGGACAUGAAAAAGAAUGGGUGUCAACCUGACGAGUUCACAUACAGUAUAUUGAUCGACAGUCUGUGUUCUGAAAGGAGGCUUAAAGAAGCAUUGAUGCUGUUGAAAGAAAUGGAGUUGAAUGGCUGUGCUAGGAAUGUGGUGGUGUACAAUACUUUGAUUGAUGGUUUGUGUAAAAGCAGAAGGGUUGAAGAAGCAGAGGAGAUCUUUGAUCAGAUGGAACUUUUGGGGGUGUCUAGAAGUUCAGUAACAUAUAACACGCUUAUUGAUGGUCUUUGUAGAAACAAGAGAGUUGAAGAAGCUUCUCAACUUAUGGAUCAGAUGAUAAUGGCAGGAUUAAAGCCUGACAAGUUCACUUAUAAUUCAUUGCUUACGUAUUUCUGCAGAGUUGGAAAUAUAGAGAAAGCAGCUGAUAUUGUGCAAACUAUGAAUUCUAAUGGGUGUGAACCGGAUAUUGUUACCUAUGGUACGCUUAUUGGUGGAUUAUGUAAAGCUGGUAGAGGAGAGGUUGCAAGUAAGCUUCUUCGAUCUGUCGAGAUGAAAGGUAUUAUCUUGACCCCACAUGCUUAUAACCCUGUGAUUCGAUCCUUAUUCAUAAGGAAAAGACCAAAAGAAGGAAUGAGGCUUUUCAGAGAAAUGAUAGAAAAGAGCAAUCCACCGGAUGUUAUAACAUACAAGAUUGUUUUCCGUGGGCUUUGUAAUAGUGGAGGGCCAAUACAAGAGGCUGUUGAUUUUACCGUUGAGAUGUUGGAGAAAGGAAUACUGCCAGAGUUUCAAUCAUUUGUGUUUUUGGCAGAAGGGCUUUGUUCUUUAUCAAUGGAGGACACUCUCAUCCAACUCAUCAAUCUGGUGAUGGAGAGAGCGAAAUUGUCGGAAAGGGAAUCCUCUAUGAUCAGAGGCUUUCUCAAGAUCCGAAAGUUUAAUGAUGCCUUGGCCAAUCUUGGUGGUAUUUUGGAUAGGCAAAUGUCUAGAAGAUAUUGAUUGAGUGGUGACAACUUUGUUGUGACUUGUAUGUUGUAACUGUGCUUUGUGAUGCCUUUUAAUUGGAAAACACCACAUUGCUUAUAGAGGCUGCUGAAGAGUAUGGUGGAUUCAAAGUCUGGGCUCAAGGCUAAUUACAGAAUUGGAGUCAAUACAUUUCUGCACUAGUGGCCUUAUGGCUCUUGCCACUUUUCUUCAGCCUGUAAGUUUCCUGUUUCAGGGAAAAUGUGAACAUGUAACCUGUAGUUGUAGACUUGUAGAUGGCAUUCCUAUGAAUGUUUUUCUUACUAAAUGAUUUAAAAUAUAGUAGAAAAGAGUCCAUUUACUUUCUAGUUUUAACUUUUUCUUGUACCAACAUGAGUUAGGGGAUAUAUAUAACCUUCAAUUUCUACUUAAAAUCUCAACCACUUAAACUGUUGCAAACUAUUCUCUACGCCCAAUAUGUACUUAUCGAACAGCCUUAAGAAAUAAGAUGGUCUUCUGUCGUUGAUACCGUUUUGUUUUAAUGGGGCUUGAAUCAUGCUUGUGAUUAACAUACUGCAAUUUACCGAGAAGAAUGAGAUUUCUGCUGUUGUUUUUGUUUCCAUACUUGCAAUUGUGGCGAUAGUAGUAGUAAGUUGGUGUGGGAAAGCAGGUAUGCUAAGUUGAUGUGGGAAAACGGGUAUGCAACAAUGAGCAGAGCAUUUGCUGGUGUGCAUGUAUGGCUCUCUAUGUAGAUGGUGAAAGAUCACACUUCAUCUUCACAUGGGUAAAUUACAAACAAUGAGCAGAGCAUUUGCUGGUGUGCAUGUAUGGCUCUCUGUGAAGAUGGUGAAAGAUCACACUUUAUCUUCACAUGGGUAAAUUACAAACGGACAUGGAUCCUCUCCGGUGACUUUACAAUUCACUAGAAUCAGAACCACUGAAAUUGAUGUUGAAAAUAUCACAGGAAAAUCUCACUGGAAAUAAUCCAUUCAUGUAAACUACAUAUGAAAGAAUCUAUUUUCAUGAUAUGAGAAUCUUUUUACUUUCCUUA